GAAAAUACACAGAAGUGCUAAGCAAUUAAAUCAGACAAAUGUAACAGCACUUGCUUUCAGUACCAACAAAUUGAUACUUGUAAUUGUUACGGAGUUUAACAGUCCGUUUUGAUAUACCGUUUGUACAAAAUGUAUGAUACUAAAUUAUUGUUUAUAUAUUUUUGUUUGUGUGGUUUUGGGUUUUCGUUGGAAAAGGUGUACUUAUCAGUGUACUUGGACACGCACAUGACCGAUGAUACAGGCAUCCACGUAUUUUAUGCACAUCAAAGUAGCCUACAGGAUUGUAUUGAGGAUUGCAAGUCUCGAAAACGUUGCCAUUUCAUCAACUAUCAAGUGCGGUCACACUUGUGUUUUUCAUUAGGCACCAACAGUAGUGUAACACCAUCUACUGGUAAUAUGGCAUCAAAACUUACUUACAUGCCUGGAUACCUUUUCAGUGCAAGAAAAGAGUGGUUUUCAGAAGACACGGAGGUUUGUGGCGCAUGCCCAGAAUACGGCGAAUGUUCAUCUAUUGCCAAUGCAAAUGACACAUCUGCGGUAUCAAACAGUACAUGCAAAUCGUCUGGAUGCAAAGAUCCGUCGGAACCCAGAACUAUUUUAUAUGGUACACAAUACAUGCCUGGAAAUGAGGUAAAGUAUGUCUGCAGAAACGGAUACACUUUAGUCAUGUCCAGUACAAACAAAGCUGAAUGCCAACAAAAUGGAGAAUGGAGCGCGAUAAAUUUUACUUGCUUAUAUGAUUGCGGUAAACUGACUAUUGAAAAUGGACAAUUUACAGCGGCACUAGGAACAACAUUUGGAAUGUCUGCGAAACUGUCCUGCAAUUCUGGAUAUGAAAUAUCUGGGAAUCCUUUAAUUACAUGUACUGAAACUGGAUGGAGCGACACUGCAACAUGCGUACCAUUAGGUAGCCAACAUUUGCCAUAUGAAAUCAUACCGGCAAUGAUAUGGUCUGCUGCAAAGUCAUAUUGUGAAUCCCUCUGUGGACAUCUGGUAGACGUAAACUCAUACGAAGAACAACUUAUCAUAGAAGACCUUAUUGAAGCAAAUGGCGGUUUCGCUGCCUGGACUGGAGGCAACGACAUUACAACAGAAGGUAAAUUCCGAUGGUCUGAUGAUACACUGGUAUCCAGUAGCUACCAACUGGAGUGGUGGACAACCCGAUGGUAGAACAGAAAGUGAAGACUGCAUAUCUAUAGUCCCUCAGUUUGGUUAUCGAUGGAAUGAUGGUAGUUGUACAACAUCAAAACAGGGGAUAUGUGAGAUUGUAUGUUAAAGGAAGACGCAUGGCAAUGUAUACAUGUACUUUUUCCAUUAAAUUGAGAAAAACGAAAGGCGUAAUGAGACAGUGUGUAGUAAAGAAAUCUCACAAAUUUAGUAGUAAGAAGACACUACUUUCCCCGAAAAGCUUAUUUAAACUUUAGAUUGAUUACAUGUAUUACUUCUUCUUGAAAUGAGACAAUGUUAGUGGAUUGUAUUAUUGUACACUUGACAUAUCAAAACCCGUUUUUAUGGGGAUGUGGUUUACAAACUUCGUUGGUUUAUAAACUUCGUAAGAUUUUGGGUCAUGGCAAUUUUCCAAAUGUAUUUAGUAAAGUCAUUAAAUGUUUUAUUAAAAGAGGUUAUGACCCAACUGUUUUGAGACACACCGCAUGUUUGGUGUUCAGACCUUACGCUUUCCUCUUUGAUUGUGUGUGACUGAACGGAUGGAGGACUCUAUGAUAAGUAGUUCUUAAAACCCACCAGGACUGAGCUAUUUUGAUUUCCGUUUUUUGACCUAUUGCUAAAAAAAUGACACGUACGCACUUGACUUGAAUUUAAUUUACUUCAAUGCUAACGAAUAAGUAUAAACACAUUUUCAGAAAAAAUAAAAAGCUGAAAACCUGAAA